GAUACCGACAACUUCAAGAAUCGUAAUUUUUACCCCAUCGAAGACCCCAACCUCCCCGCCUCAACCACAUUUCGAUCAUUUCUGCAAAUAUGGCGCCCGCGACGCAGCAAGUCUUCAUCGAUGGCACUUUCGAGGAUUUGGCACAAGAGCUGGCCGAAUACCUUGAAAUCGGCCCAGAAGUCCAACCCCUCCUUGCAGCAAAACAAAAGGAUGAAGCUUUAAAGAAACUUGUCACUGCUUCGGAAAAGUUGAACUCAUCCCCAGAGAAAGAAUUUACCGCCGCAUACAACUUAUUGGUCUAUCUCUGCAACCAAUCUCCAAAUGUCAACAUGUAUCUGCCUAGAAUUUGCGACAACCUCGCAAAGCCAAUUACUACAUCACCUCUGAAUGGACCAGGCCUCGCGCUGAAUGUUUUGACAACCAUCUUCAACCUUUUACAACCAGAUAAUGAGACCAGAUUUAACGUCUUCCAAGCUGUUCUUAAGCUCAUUAAGAACAGUGGAAAUUACGAAAUGUUGCGACCACAGUUGAAGAAAUUGGACACUUGGAUUGUCGAAUGGCAGAUUGAGGAGGAAGAGCAAAGAAGACUUUUCGAAAUGAUCUCAGAAGUGGCAGAUGAUUCCGGCGAGGAGGAGGAAUCAUACCAAUAUAUUCUCAAAGCUCUCCGAACUUUCGACGGCAAAGACGAGAAAGCCAUCGCUUCCGAAUCAGCCCAAAAACUUGCGAUUAAAGCAUUAAGAACUGCAAUUCUCUCCAACACCCAUUUCGAUUUCCACGAUCUUACUUCCCUUCCCGCCGUUCAAGCCUUGAGCGAUUCCCACGCAAUCUACUCUGAACUCCUUGAAAUUUUUGCCGAGAAGGAGCUUGAGGACUACAAUGAUUUCCAAGACGAGCACGAUGGUUUCGUUGAGAAAGAGAACUUGGACAACAGCAAGUUGCACCGUAAGAUGCGACUCCUGACCUUGGCUAGUUUGGCUGCCUCGACUCACACCCGCGAACUCGAAUACAAGCGCAUUUCCAAAGCUUUGCAAGUCGCACCGGAAGAUGUUGAGAUGUGGGUUAUCGAUGUUAUCAGAGCCGGUUUGGUUGAGGGCAAAUUAUCACAACAGAAGCAAGUUUUCCUUAUUCACAGAACCACAUACCGUGUGUUUGGAGAGAAGCAAUGGCGUGAGGUUGCCACGAGGUUGGAUCAAUGGAAGGAGAGUUUGAGGGGUGUAAAGGAGGUCAUCAGCAGGGAGAGACAAGCUGCUGAAACUCAAAAGGAGAAAGAGAUCCAAGAGGCCGAUAAGAAGGUUUCCGGUACACAGGGUAUGAGAGCUGGACGAAGAAAUGAUAACAUGGUAGAGAUGGGUACUGAUUAGGCCAUCAACUCAUGAAAGUUGUUAUUAAUUCAUGGAUUGGUCUCAAAAAAGGUUCCUCGUUUCGUCGGCGUUCUUAGAUGUUUGUACAGUGGCAAGGCAAUGGUUUGCAUUAGCAUCUGGUAAUGGUGUAGGAGAACAUCCAUUAUUUUCAUGUUCACGAUGAAGCCACGAUAUGAAGCCAUGAAAAGGAAGUGAAGUGAAAAGAAGAUUAAGAAUAGAAAUCUACAUAUUGAAUGAGAUGUACAUUUGAACAUGCCUGACGUUUAUGAUCCUUCACAAGUACGGGGCGUGGAUGAGAAUUAAGGAUAUCAAAUCCCA